GCUCCUCAGCCAAUGAGACUCCUUAGAAGAUCAAGUAUCAGUAUAAGUCAAGGACUUAAGAAGUUUCAAGGUUUGCAGAACCUUGCAGCCCGUCUUCGCCAUCAAGACACUCUCUUCUUUUCGGCUUUUCUGAGGUCUAAAGCUCCCUGUCAUCAUGUCCGACACAGAGGACGUUGGGGUCGAAGAGCUCGAAGAAGGAGCUGAAGAGGUAGUAGAGGUAGAGGUAGCCCCAGAGGCAGCUCCUGAACCGGAGCCUGAGCCUGAGCAAGAACCAGAGCCAGUGCCAGAACCAGAGCCAGAAACACAGCCAGAACCAGAGCCAGAACCAGAACCAGAGCCAGAACCAGAGGUGCAUGAGGAAGAGGCCUAUGAAGAGGAAGUGGAAGAAGGAGGACAAGAUGAGGAGAAGCCCAAGUUCAAACCAAGUGCACCAAAGAUCCCUGAAGGGGAUAAGGUGGACUUUGAUGACAUCCAGAAGAAGCGUCAAAACAAAGACCUCAUUGAGCUGCAGGCCCUGAUUGAUGCCCACUUUGAGUGCAGGAAGAAGGAAGAGGAGGAGCUUAUUGCUCUGAAAGAGAGAAUCGAGAAACGUAGGGCUGAGAGGGCAGAGCAGCAGAGGAUCCGUGCUGAGAAGGACAAGGAGCGUCAGGCAAGACGUGAGGAAGAGAGGCUGAGGAAGGAGGAGGCUGAUGCUAAGAAGAAGGCAGAUGAAGACGCCAAGAAGAAGUCUGCCCUGUCUAGCAUGGGCUCCCAGUACAGCAGCUACCUGCAGAAGGCCGAUUCAAAGAGGGGAGGUAAGAAACAAACUGAAAGAGAGAAGAAGAAGAAGAUUCUUGCAGACAGACGCAAGGCUCUGAACAUUGACCAUCUGAAUGAGGACAAGCUGAGGGAGAAAGCUAAAGAGCUGUGGGACUGGUUGUACUCCCUGGAGGCUGAGAAGUUUGAGCACAUGGAGAAACUCAAGAGGCAGAAGUAUGAGGUCAUCUCUCUCAGAAACCGCAUUGAUGAAUUGCAGAAGCACUCCAAGAAGGGCGCUGCUGCUCGCCGCAGAAAGUAAGCGUUCAUGGAGGAAUCUACUCGCGGUCAAGACAUGCCUGCUGCCUGCGUCCCCGAGCUCUGUCUUCAUUCACCAGGCAUCUCUGAACCCACCCAAAGUUCGCAGUUUAACAGAGGCUGUCAAAGGCGAUCUUCCACACCCUGCGUGACAUUAUCACUGUCCGGUCUUAGCAGUAGUUGCAGUAGGAACUUCCCCCCUUGCUCUGUCUUUAGGUUCUCACCUUCCGUUUUUGUAAAUAAUGUUUGGCUCGCCAGCUUUAUCUGUUGCAUCUGGCAGUUCAAUAAAAUUAUUCUUCAAAACUGAUAAA